CAAACAAACUCAAAUUUGUUAUAUUUUAAAUUGAAAAUAUUUUGCUAAUUUGAGAACACAGAUUGCACAAUGCCGGAAGCUGAAGAUAAGAUAUACCCAGACAUAAACAUUCUGUGUCGAUUGUGUCUAAAAGAACUUGAGAAUUUGGACGAGGCGUACAAAAUCUUUGCCGAAAACGAUCUUUCAAUGCCCAUGAAAUUUAUACAGUGCAUCUCGAUAGAAGCCAAACCCUCGGAUGUUCUGCCCAAAAUUAUUUGCAUUGAUUGUCGGUAUCAAUUGGAAAAGUCGUUUCUGUUCCGCCAGCGUAGCUUGGUCUCAGAUAAAAAGCUGCGGAAGCACUUUCGACUGUUGGCCUUGGGGAAACGAAGUCGCAUUUUUGCCAAGUCGCAGGAGCAGGAGCACGAGGAUUACGAUGACGAGGAGCUAGACUUCGAGGACUCGGUUUCUUUCAUUAAAGAGCAGGAUGAGAAGCGGGAAAAUGCAGCAGAGAAGUGGCGUGAAAAAUUUAAGGAGGAACAAAAGACAGAAAUGGAAAACCUUUUGGCGGCUGCUAAACUCGAACUUAAGAAGAAAGUACGAGUUCAACUGGCCGAGGAAGUACGCAGUGAAGUUCGUGAACAGGUACGGCAGGAUAUCCAAGAGGAGAUGCGUAAUGAGCAGAUGGGCAAAUUGCUCGGAGAGUUGGAAAUCUUUCUGAGCAAAAAAAAAGCCGGCAUAUGGGAAACCAUGAGUUUACCAAAUAAAAAUGACAAGCUGGAACCAGCUCCUAAACGUGUCAUGGAUGAACACCAGCUUUUGGAUAACUCGGCAAUCGAAAUGGAUGAUGAAGAGCUGCCUACUAUAUCUCCUACUCAUGAGUUUCGUGAUGUUAAGAUGGUUAGCGCUGGGGAAUUGGUUAGCACCCAAGACGGUCAAAUUUAUAUUAUUAAUUCUGACACCGUCACCGAGGAGACAAAACCCGUUGAAGAAACGGAGCCUGAAGAUGGAAUUACAUCCUACAACAUCAAUGACGAUGGGGAAAUACAAUUUUGUGGUGAAAAAUCUAGUGAAAUGGAUGAUGUAAUUGGAUUCGACUUGGAUGAUGAUAUGGAAGACGAAGCAGAGGACGAACCACAGCAGCAGGUUUUUCAAUUUGAAGAGGAUGUUGUCAUUGUGCCGAAGGACGAGAAGACCAAUAUUAAACGGCCAUUAAAAGGGCAAACCCGUUCCAAUGAUAUGGUGUGCAAGGAGAGUCCUCACAACAUUCAAACUCCCCUAACUGGCCGAGUCACCGAUACUGUGAAGACUUUCCAAUGUGAUCUGUGUCCUGCGGCGUUUGCCACCCAAAAACUUCUAUCACGACAUUGCAAUGCACAUGCCAAAACGUUGAAGAAAGGAAAAAGCGGGACUCUCAAGUGUCCCACAUGUCAUUUGCAGCUCUCUUGCACUAGUUCACUUAAACGUCACAUGAUUAUCCACACUGGCUUGAAACCCUUUAAAUGCGAUGAAUGUGAUUUAUCCUUUUCACAACGCGAAGUCCUAAAGCGGCACAAAGACACCCAUACAGGAGUAAGGCGUCAUAAAUGUCCAAGUUGCAACAGUUGCUUUGCCCAGAAAUCGAAUAUGCAACAACAUAUUGCCCGGGUGCAUAUGGAAAAUUCUCGCACUCACCAAUGUCAUCUAUGUGAGAGAAGUUUUAGUCAUCUGUCUGGGUUGAGUCGACAUUUAGUUACCCACUCGGGUGUAGUCUUCUCCUGCAAGGAAUGCGGAAGGCAAUUCAAUGAUCGUAGUGCCGUGUCGCGACAUGUCCAGACGGUUCACAAGAUAUUAAAGAAAUCUGUCGAUGAUAAUUCGGAGCUCGAAGAGACUGAUCCUUGAUCGAAGUAGUUGUCUUAUAUUGUGAACUUCAAUUUUUCCAUUGGAAACCUGAUCCUUGAUCGGAGUAGUUGUCUUAUAUUGUAAUCUACCCUUUUAUCAUUGGAAGAAUAUAUAAAAUGAUCAACAA